CUCGAGGACAUCGAGGGAGACAAACUAGCUGACAACAAAUACUGUAUCCCGUAAUACAAGGACAAUUGUUAAUGCUAUUCGAAGUGGAUCGGAGAAGCUGUACGAUCAUACAAAUUCGAUGACAGCAUUGCUGCUUGCAAUCAUAGUGAUUAAAGUGUUUAAACAGUGAUCUAUACCACAGAUUUAAUCAAGUGUAGUUUGAACCAGAGAGGAAGCGGAUCAAACUUAUUUGAUCCGAACGCCGCUCCGAACGUUUUGUGACCCGAUGCAUCAUGCGUCGCAUAGACAUGUGUUUUUAGUUUGCUUCUUUUAUCGAGUAAAUUUUUCUUUUCACUCAUUGUUUCUUUACAUAAAUCGAAGAAAUGCUCUCGUGAUUCAUUCGGAGGCAAUAAGUGUUGCUGAUUUUAUAUAUAUCAAAGGCUCAUCGACACUUCUGAAACAGGGGUCUCUGGGAAAACAAAAUUCCGCAUCCAAACUUUUCUCCCCUUUAAUGAACUUUAUUUAGAAUAUUUUCCCAGUUUCUCCUCUUUGCCCAAAGAAAACCUAAACUACUGUACAUCAUUCGAUAGAGAAUUUCGCAGGCUACAAAAUGAUUUAUAUAAGAUUGAGAACAAAUGGGGCGUAGAUGUCCUAACACGAGAAAUACUAGCUCCCACCUCCACAAAUCCAUAGGUCAGCAGCGUUUAUCGCUUGUAUUGUCCAACCAGUUUAUUGUUAACCACGUCACUUUAUAUAUCAUUCGAUAGAGAAUUUCGCAGGCUACAAAAUGAUAUAUUUAAUAUUGAGAGCAAAUCGGGCUCGGCUGUCUUAACGCUAGAAAUAGGUUUUGGCUGCGCGCAUAUCAUUGUUUGGACAUGAUAUAUUUGAUUGUUUUGAUUUAAAUUGUUUGGGAAGAUAUGUCUCAUCGUUUUGACUUGCAUUGUGUUGAACAAAGAUAUUUUGUGAAUUUUCAAAACAGAAUGUGUUCUCUCUCGUCUGUACGAAUAUCUAUGUAAAUGUGGUUCGAAUGCUUUUGGUUGUUGGAGUAGUUUGGAAUAAAAGUGAUUAUAGUUAACAGAGAUUUGCACAGUUUACUUGUAUAAUGGAUCGUUGUUCGUGUUGCGGAGCUCGUUUAUUUAGAGCGUCUAGUUUUGGACGAUUAGCAUCACCGGUGUUUCGUAUGUUUGUAUCGAUACGUGUAUUGAAAACGCUUCCCUCGCAUACGAAAGUUUGUAAUAAAUGUCGUCAGUCAUAUGCGUAUUGGAAAAGAUGUAAUCCGGAAUUUACAAAUAUUUUCGAUCGGAUCGAAGAAGAGUUUGUUGAAAAUGGUGAAUCAGAGGAUGAUCAGGUAGAAGAUAUGGAUACCAAUGUUUGCUCUGCGGUAAGAAAUUCAUCAGACAAAGAAUGUCAAACUAUAGAACAGGAUGAUGGAGCGCCGAGUAUUACGUUGCCACUUAAUUGUACAGUUUGCUCUCAUAAGUAAGUAAAUGGUCUGAACUAACUGACCGCAACAACAUCAUUUAUUUUGAAUAUACUUGAUUCCAUUGUUUCCAGAACGUGUUGUAUUUGUCGGGCUCAUAUUGAUGGUUCGUCAAAGACCGUAGCAGUUUUUUAGCUGAUACAACAACACAAUUUGUCUCAAACUUCUCAAUGCGAAAAUAUUGAUGGAACGUCACUCUUUUCGACAUUCCCAUUGUUAUCCGAAGAAGAGAUAGGAGAUAUAACUUUAGGUAA